CAGAAGCGGAGCCGCGCGUGGAGCCUAGACACUGCCCCCGCUGCCCGCCGGCGCCGGGUGGGGGUCCCGGCGGCUGGAUGGGCAGCGGCGGCGCGGGCCGCGGGCGGCGAUGGGCGAGGAGCAGAGCACGGUGAGCGGCGGCGGCGGGCCCCAGGAGUCGCAGACCCUGGCCAGUGGCACUGCGGGCCACCCUGAGCCCUCGAGGCCUCAGGAGGACAGCGCCCGGGCGCCCCCGCUGCGCGCCGCCUCCGCGGAGCCGAGCGGCGGUGGCUGCGGAAGCGACUGGGGCUGCGUGGACACCAGCGCCCCGGAGCCCGCGAGGAGCCUGGGGGCCCCGGGCUGGAGUAAGAGCCGAGCACCGGCGCAGCUUGCGGGAGUGGCACUCACCGGGCCUCUCAAUCCCCAGACCUUGCAACUGCAGUUGGAGCUGGAGGAGGAAGAGGAGGAAGCUGGGGAUCGAAAAGAGGGAGGGGAUGAACAGCAGGAGGCGCCCCCCGGCGAAGAGCUGGAGCCCAGGACCCGCGCGGGGGCCGCCGACGGACUGGUCCUGGACGUGCUGGGUCAGCGGCGCCCGCCCCUCGCCAAGAGACAAGUCUUUUGCUCCGUGUACUGCGUGGAGAGCGACCUGCCCGAGGCCCCCGCCUCGGAGCAGCUCUCGCCGCCCGUGUCGCCACCUGGGACUCCGCCAGUGCUGAACCCUCCCAGCACCCGCUCUUCCUUCCCUAGCCCCCGACUGUCCCUCCCAACGGAUUCCCUCUCCCCCGACGGCGGCAGCAUCGAGCUGGAGUUCUACCUGGCGCCCGAGCCGUUCUCCAUGCCCAGCCUGUUGGGAGCUCCACCCUACUCUGGCCUGAGCGGUGUAGGGGAUCCCUAUGCGCCCCUCAUGGUGCUGAUGUGCCGGGUGUGCCUGGAAGACAAGCCCAUCAAGCCCCUGCCUUGCUGCAAGAAGGCCGUGUGCGAGGAGUGCCUCAAAGUCUACCUGAGCGCCCAGGUACAACUUGGCCAAGUAGAAAUCAAAUGCCCCAUCACAGAGUGUUUUGAAUUCUUGGAAGAAACAACUGUUGUCUAUAACUUAACGCAUGAAGACUCCAUCAAGUAUAAGUACUUCUUGGAACUUGGCCGUAUUGAUUCCAGCACCAAGCCGUGUCCUCAGUGCAAGCACUUUACAACCUUCAAGAAAAAAGGACAUAUUCCCACCCCUUCCAGAUCAGAAAGCAAAUACAAAAUCCAGUGCCCUACCUGCCAAUUCAUCUGGUGUUUUAAGUGCCACUCUCCUUGGCAUGAAGGUGUUAACUGCAAGGAGUACAAAAAAGGAGACAAAUUGUUGCGUCACUGGGCCAGCGAAAUUGAGCAUGGGCAGAGGAAUGCCCAGAAGUGUCCAAAGUGCAAGAUCCACAUCCAGCGAACUGAAGGAUGUGACCAUAUGACCUGCUCACAAUGUAACACUAAUUUUUGUUACCGAUGUGGUGAGAGAUACCGCCAGCUCCGAUUUUUUGGAGACCACACAUCAAACCUCAGUAUAUUUGGAUGCAAAUAUCGCUACCUCCCAGAGAGACCUCAUUUAAGGAGAUUGGUGCGAGGGUCAGUCUGUGCUGGAAAAUUAUUCAUUGCACCUCUAAUUAUGGUUUUGGGAUUGGCACUAGGGGCCAUAGCGGUUGUAAUCGGUUUAUUUGUAUUUCCUAUCUAUUGCCUUUGUAAAAAACAGAGAAAACGAUCACGGACAGGUAUGCACUGGUAACAUGCAGAUGAUUUCAUCCAGCUAAGCUGGUUGGAGUAGGAGCGAUACCGAAGGGUACACCCAUCUGUGAGUCACAUCUUGAAAAACACUGAGAGGAACCUUCUACCAUCUCAUCUCCCAGUGAUUCUCCGUGGGCCACAAUGCCUCUAGCUAUGGUGCACUCCCAACAUGGUAUCCUGUCCUUUCCCUAAACAAAUUGCUGCUGCUUUUAAAAAAUGGUCACUUUCAUAAACUAUAAACAUCUAUAUCAUAACUCUGACCUUUGUGGUUCUUGGAAGAAGAUACUUUAAGAACCAGUUAUCCUAAGAAUUCUGAGCACGCCUCUUCUAAGAAUUGCUUGGACUGUCUUUGAACUCUGCACCUCCUUCCAGGCCAUCUUGUGAGACUUGGUGUGAAUAGCUGAAGUCCUAUCUGUACCAACAAGCAAGGCCACUUUUCAGAACAUAAGAGUUCACUGAAUGCACCUGUUAUAAUCUGUGGCCCCAGCAGUAUAAUUGUUCUAUCUUUCAAAUGUUAUAAUUGCUAAAGUCUCAAUGUCCAAAAGGGAAUGAGUGAAACUAAAUUAAUGAGAAGAAUACUAAGUUACUGAAGUGUAUAUGUGUAGGAGUGUGAAUGUGUGUGUAUAUAAAUAUGUAUUAAAACUAGGCCCAAUAACCCUGUAUUUACCCAGUUCCAUGCCGCUACACUAGUUUUCCACAUUUUCAUAGACCUGUUGAAAGAUGCUGGUUCCUUUGUGGACGUAAUUUGGCAGUGUAUUAAAUUAAAGUCAAUGUACACAACAGGCGA